GCCUAUCUUUAUCUUGUUUUGCGUUUCGAAGGUCCUUCAUUUCAGGUGAACAGUGGGAUUCUUAUUGCUCUCCUGCGCUGCAACACUCGGAGGUCACGAGACGGAUGUGGACUGUGGCUGCGUGAAGUUCGCAACCGCGCCCUUCGUAUCGUGUUACCAAUAUCGGAGCUCCGAGCAGUGAUCGCCACCCGACUCGUCCGUGCCAGUAUGCCGCUUCUCCUGAGAGACUUCCUGGUUCCCAGCCUGGAAGAUGGAACAUAUGGGUGUCAGCUGUACUGGGUUAACAAAGAAGCCAACAUUUUCCAAAUCACUUGGGAGCAUCAGGGAAAGAAAAACUGGAAGGAACAGAGAGGUGCAGUGUUCAAGGACUGGUCUGUGAAGAAGCGCCGCUGGAACGCAAAUGAUCCAGAGCGUAUGUCCAAAGCAAAGCAAAGAAUCCGGUCAGCUCUGGAUAAGUUGCGCAAUGUAAGGAGACUUUGGGGUGCCAAUGGCUGCGAAUACAGGAUGUAUCAAAUCCUGACGGAUGAGAAUGUCCAAGGAAAUGAUCCACUUAACAAGGUUGCUAGGGCUUCCAUCACUAUAAAGAAACCUAAGCAGCAAAAGGCACGUCGGAACUACCAAAUCGUGCCUUCUCGACCGCGUCGCACAUCAGCAAGGACUAGUGUCGUGGGGAAGGAACCUGCACUUGCACAGGCAGCACGCACAGCACAAAAUGGCAAUUUCAUGAAGCCUGAACGUGACUGUAAGGAGGAUUUCAAAAAGGAGCAGCCCAAGAGGAACAUGCCUCUUCGGAAGUGCCGCACAGCAGCAAAGGCACGCAGCAUCAAAGAGGAGCCUGCACAGGCUUCCACGACACAAGUUGCAGACCUCAUGCCCGCUAAAGGUGACUAUGAGGAUGAUUUCAACGGGGACCCAUGGAUGGAAUACACUAUAUUCGCAACUGAUAUGCCAUCAUUCCAUCUUCCAUGGUGCGAGGAAGAGUUUGAGCAGGCAUUCUUCAUGUCAUCCUCAUCUGGCGAUGAGGAUAUAUUGAAAGAUAGCACAUACUGCGGCUAUGCUUUUUUGGACUACGUCCCAGAUGUCUGCGCAUCCAGAGAAUUUGAAAAUCGCUGUGGUCGCUAGCUCUCUGUCAGCACCCAGAUGCAGACACUGGCAUUUACUCCUCCUUCUUCUAGUCAUAACCAUUAUUGCUUGUUUCCUUUUCUUUUCUUUUUUUUUUCUGUUCAUUGUAAAUAAACAAUGGUGUGAAAAACA